UGAGACUGGCGAGAUGCUGGGAUGCUGUGCAGCCAAAUCCACGAAAACCUGCUCUCGAGUCUCGAAGCGAAACGUCACUUGGUUGGUUCUGGCGGGAAGGAGGAGGGGAGGCGACGAAAGUAUUCAGAAUGGGAACGGAACGGGCUCUACCCAAAUGGGCAUCGAAGCAUUGCAUCAUGGGAAUCGACGAGGCCGGACGUGGCCCCGUCUUAGGACCCAUGGUGUAUGGAUGCUUGUACUGCGCUAGUUCCUACCAGAAGAAGCUGGAGACUUUAAAUUUUGCAGAUUCAAAGACACUAAAAGAAGAGAAAAGAGAGGAAUUAUUUGAAAACUUGAAGGCUGAUAAUUCAAUUGGCUGGGCUGUUGAUGUCAUAGACCCAAGGGAACUGUCAGCUAAAAUGCUAAAGACGAACAAGAUAAACCUAAAUGAGAUCUCACAUGGUUCUGCAAUGGGCCUGGUUAGUCGGGUGCUAGACAUGGGAGUUCUUCUAACCGAGGUUUAUGUGGAUACGGUUGGAGAUCCUGAGAAGUAUAGAUUAAAAUUGUCUGAAAAAUUUCCUUCGAUUAAAUUUGUCGUUGCAAAGAAGGCCGAUAGUCUUUAUCCAGUUGUGAGUGGAGCCAGUAUAGUUGCAAAGGUCACCAGAGAUCGAGCCUUGCGAGACUGGGUGCCAGAUGAAACGGCUGAAAACAUAACGAGGAACUUUGGUUCUGGAUACCCUGGAGAUCCUGAAACCAAGGCCUGGUUGGAACAUCACAAACACUCAGUAUUUGGAUUUCCAACAUUAGUCCGAUUUAGUUGGGGUACAUGCACCUCCUAUUUUAAAGACGUUGCUCCAGUGUUGUGGGAGUCAAAUGAAGCUGAUGAAGAUGAUUCCAGUGCUAGUGGUCGCAAGCGGCAAUUGAAAUUAAGCAGUAUUGGUUUCACCACAUCAAAGAGAAAGAGUGAAGAAAUUGAAUCGAGUGGUAAGGGACGCUGCAAAUUCUUCCAGAUGCGUAAGCUUGAGCAAGUUUCUAACUUCUAAAACUUUUGAGUUUGAUUAUUUUGUUUAGUGCUUUGAAUUUGCUAUGUUCUUCACUAUUAUUACAUGUGCAAUUAAGAUUAAUGAACAGACAGAAGUUGCUUAUAUAUGAUCUAACUCCCCUGGUUAAA